CGCAAUUUCCUGCCCCUCAACUCACUCACGAUGGCACGCCUCGCGCAACUCUUCACGGUCCUCCUGCUCGCGUUCGUCGCGGCCGUCCUCGCCUCGCCGCGCGUGUACAUCCGGGACGCGGGCUCCAUAGCUGCUCGAAGUGCCAGUGGAGAGGAGCCGCUGACGAACGGCGCGCGGCUCGCCAGGGGGCUUGCUCCUCUGCCGCCGCGCGCGCUCUACUCGCCGACUCGCGUCCGGCGCACGAGCACCUCGCCGGUCCCCGGCCAGCCUCUCACGGGGCACAUCGCGCUCUACUCGGGCACGAGCGUCGCCGGCUACGUGCGUGCAGACAACAACAUCGUCGUCGGCUCCGCGAACGCCGCGACGACGUUCACCUACACGCCGGGUAAUCCGGUGGCGUUCGAGUGGACUACCAAUAACGGCGCGCGCAGGUACUGGGGCGCCGCGACGACGAGCGCGGGCACGCGGCUCGGGCAGGGCCGCAGCGACUACCUCUCCACGCACAGCGUCUCCCUGAAAGUGCCCGCGGGCGCCGCGCCCAUCUACUUCGCGACGGACGGCGUGUACGCGGAGACGACGAUCUUCUACGUCGACGCGGCGACGCUCGCGAUCGCGCCGCAGUGGGUGAACGCGGACGGCGGCCAGCCGGCGACGCGCCCCGUGCUGUGGUCCUCGCAGCUGUACUACACGGGCGACGUCGCCGCGUUCGCGGCCGCGCGUUCGGGGAAUCCGGCGAGUGUGUCGAUGGUGUUCGUGCCGACUUAGUAGGGAGAGGGGAGGGACGUUUGGUUGGACCCUCGCAGACAUUGAACUCGAACUUGCAGGACUACUCGUUAUUCUUGCCGUAUCUCGCGUGCUUCCGCUUCCCUGGUUUGUACGGGUUCCGUGGACCUUCACACUUCUACUACUGUACUCUACAGCAUGCUCAUUUGCAUUACUACUGCUUGUACUCACUCUACACACUGCUUCAGCGCAGUUCCAGUGCCUGACGAUCGAGAUAAGAUAAAGGAG